GUCAUCUCAGGAAGAGUUGUUAAUUAGCUCUUUAGGUUGACUCAGGUGUGUUGGGAGAAGGAAAAACACUGAAAUCUUUAAGACAGCCGUUCUCCAGGACCAGGUUUGGGAACCUGUGACUAAUGCCUUUUUUUUUUCUCUUCAAGCCACUGAAGCAUAUUUGCAUUUUGGUGCACAUGGUGUUGCAUUGCUGACUGCUCGAAAAUGUUUCCUCCGUUAAUCACUAGCAUGCAUGCUGUGACUAAAAUCGUGUCGUGACGCAGAGCGCGUAGAAAACGUGCCGUUGUUUCGCGCCCUUCCCGGUUAAAAGGGUGCCAGUCCGCAGUCCGCGCGCUUGCUAUUCAUGAAUCGUGUCCCUGGUUGUCCCGAGAGCGUGCGCGAGAGCUUCGGACUCUAGAGGUCUCCAUCCUCCUCCAGCAUCCGCAGCCGCGCGCUCCAGUCCCAAGCAUCAGCUCGUGCACUCGGACGAAAGGACAAAACGUGUUUCGAGGGAACCCGAGAGCUUGAAAGGGGCGCUUCGAUUUCUCGAGCAGGACGCAUGGAAGCGUCCCGGGGACGCGGCUUGGUUCCUUAAAGGCGGGAGGAAAGAAGAAGAGGAGGAGGGAGAUGGAUUCGUCUUUCACAAUAUCUUAGAUACGCUGUCCUUGGCGCGCGGGUGCUACCUACAUUUUUUUGUGUGCGUUCCCGCAUCUGAAAUAGUGUUGCUGAAUUGUGCGGGAGCUUUGGCGCGCUGUAGCGCAUUGAAGUGCUUUGUUUCCAACCCCAAAGGACUUCUGUCACCUCCGUGCUGUGCCGAGAUGUCUGCCACAUUCCAGACCUUGUUCCUCGUGCUGCUCAGUGUGCUCUCUGCCGGGGCUCAGACAGAAAUGAAGAAGGUUGUUGGGGACAACGCGACACUGCCGUGCCAUCACCAGUUCCGGCAGUCAAAUGGACAGACGCUGGACAUCGAGUGGAUCCUACAGAAACCCAGCUUCAAACAGCGCGUGAUCAUCACGUUUUUCAACAACGAGGUCUACACCAAUGAUAACGAGGCGAGCCGCCUGUCCUUCGCCGGAGACUACCUGAACGGAGAUGCCUCUCUUCUGAUCAGCGAUCUGCAGCUGAGCGACACGGGCGAGUAUCACUGCAAAGUGAAGACCGGGGGGAAGUACCUUUGGAGCCAGGUCAAUCUCGUGGUCCUGGUGAAGCCGUCUAAGCCACGGUGUUGGAUGGAAGGGCAAUUGCUCAAGGGCAACGAAGUGAAACUGAGCUGUAAGUCUUCUGACGGCUCCGACCCCAUCUACUAUAAAUGGGAGAGAGUUCUGGACAAGGGCAAAAGCGUGGGAAAGCUGCCGGAGUUCGCGCUCAUUGAUCUGAAUAACGCGGGGAUUGUGACUUUGAGGAACCUGAGUCAGGAGAGCUCGGGCAUGUACAGGUGCACAGCCAGCAACGACGUGGGAGAGGAGAACUGUAUCAUCGAAGUUACUAUGCAGUAUGUGCGCAGCGUAGGUGUGGUGGCCGGUGCUGUGGUUGGGGUGUCCUUCGGUGUCCUCAUCAUCAUCCUCAUCAUCUGGUUGGUCUUCCGCAAGAAAGAGAAGAAGAAGUACGAGGAGGAGGAGACACCCAAUGAGAUCAGGGAGGAUGCGGAGGCUCCCAAAGCCAAGCUUGUUAAACCCAACUCGCUGUCAUCCUCUCGCUCGGGCAGCUCUCGCUCCGGUGCCUCAUCCACCCAGUCCAUGGUGCACAGCACCGCUCCCCGUAGCCAGCGACCCCGGCCCCCGGCCAUCUGCGCCCUCAAGGAGAACGGUCAACCCCCCGAGUUCCUGCAGUCCUCCCCAGAACCGCCCACCACCCCCAAAUUCAGGCUGCCUAAUCCACCGGUGGGCCUGGCCGUGCCCACCACGGGGGUCCUGAUGCCGCCGCAGAGCAAAGCCUUCCAGACUGUGUAGGGGAAAGAAAAAGAUCCAGCAACAUCCCAGGACAGGAAACACAUACUGACUUGUCCAACUGCAGAUAUGUCAGCUAAUGCAACUACCGUGUAAAAAAAUUACGAGAGAUAAAAACAAGCAUAAGAAGAAUUAAUACUAUAAAAAACUUAAAUCUAAAUGAAUGCGUACAUGAAAAAUUUUAAGUGCUUGCCCGCUGCUGAACUGUACAGAGACAAAAACAUUUCCCUGUCACUCCCUAUUGCUCUUUCUCUGUCUCUUCAUCUUGUGCUUUCUGCCUGUCUGAAGUUACCUUAUGUUAUUUUUAUCAUUUUAUUGUUUCUUUUUUGACUUUGGAGGCAUAUUGAGCGACGAGGUGGAAAGAUUUGCCCCAAGUGACGCUUUAUUUAUUUAUUGAAAGUGAAGGGGCAGAGAAAGCCAGGGCAAACUGAGUUUAUGAAAUAUCAGGGAUGACGGGAACAAUGAAAAGAAAGGGAAACAACAGAUGACGCUCGCCUCAUAGAAAAGACUGGAAAGAUCGUCACACAGCCUUUCUUUGUGGAAUCAUUGAAAGGGAUGAGAGAAGAGAAUCAAAAUUCUGGUAAUUCCCAGAAUGCAGUGCAGGCAGUUGGAUAUUCAAAAUGGCACCUUGUGACUUUAGAAGCAUUUCCAGUGACCACACGUACAGUCCAGCACAUAAAGACAUGAAUAUCACAUGCAUUAAUGAAAAGGAUAAGAUUCGGUCAUAAUAUUUGGCAAUUAUUCAGUUACCGCUCACUAUGUACAUGUUUAACAUACAACACUGUGGGACAAAUUCAUCUAUUUCACUUGUAAUGUAUGUAUGGUGUCCUGUGAUGGACUAGUGUCCCAUUCAGGGGCCUUGCUCCCAGUGUUCUCGGGAUAGGCUCUCAAUCCAACGUGACCCUGACCAGGAUAAAGCGGUUACUGAAAUCGAUGAAUGAAUGUUUUUUUUGUUUUGUUUUUUUUUUUUUUUAAACAUCUAUACACAUACGCAACCUCAUUAUUUUUCAGUUUUACACUUGUGGACAAUGUUAGCCACUAUUGCUACCCACAGGUGUCCUGCGCUCACGCUCACUAAACUUUGUAUUCUCAUUGCUUUAUUUUGCAUUAUUUACAAAAUUACUGAUAUAGGAAAUCUGGAAAAUUGAAAUAGGAACAAUCUGAGUGGAAUAUUCCUGAAUGUGUGUUUAACCCAUGUAGCCAUUGCUUGUAUUUUGUUUCCUUCCUAGAAUAUCCAAUGGUACUAUUGAAGCACUUGAGGCACAAAUAACUGAAUAUAAUAUAAUAUCACGCUGUUGUUGAUAAGAGAUCAUAGUGGCAGGAACUUAUCUACAGCAACGGUGUGCAUCAAGGUUCUCCUUUAGGACCUUUAAAAAUGUGCUGUAACAGGACAACUGCCUCUUUGCAUCAGCGACUCGUCGGUUUCUCUGGACAGCACUGCCACAGGGCCGGUCAUUAUCCUCAUCCCGGAGUCCCUCAGAACCAUGUAGGUGCAUUUGAACACACAAGUAGCCUAUUUUGUGUGCCUUUGAGAGUUUCUUUUUUCUAUCCAGUGCACCUAGUGACCCAAAUUUCAGCCUUUUUGUAAACACCGGCCCUGUGCAGGCUGGACGAUGAGGACAGGAUAAUGAGGCUGGACAAUAAGGCAGUCCCUUUCAUCUAGAAAUAGUGUACAGUACACACAAUGUUUUAUAUUGUACAUAUGAAUAGAUAUACACACAAUAUCCUUUACAUUAUUGGGCGGUGGUCAAGAUAAAAUGUCAUCGAUACUGUAAAUGAAUACUAAAGCAUUUUUAAGGACUAUUAGGAGAUCAGUCUACUCUGGGAGUUACUAGAACUAGUCUCCUUGUUAUAAAUAGCAGCUUCUCCCUCUCACUGUCUCUAUAGACUCAUUAUAAUCCAUAUCGAUUGUUCAUCUGCACAUUUCGAAUCAGCCUAAUUCAAUUUUUCAAUUCAAUUACAUUUGUAGUGCUUUUAACAACAGACACUGUCAGCUCUACAGAAAUCCGGAUGUAGAUUUAGGUCCCUAAUGAGCAAGCCAGAGGCGACAGUGGCAAAAAUAAAACCCAGAUAAGGAUGAGGAAGAAAUCUUGAGAAGAACCAGACUCGAAAAGGAACCAGUCCUCUUCUGGGUAACACUGGAUAGUGUGAUUUUAAAUCAUUACACUAUAAUUCUCUGUGAUUUGUCAGAGUUUUUUUUUUUUUUUUGUCUUUCUGUGUUUUUUCAAGCAGAGGUUCUCAAAUUUCUGGUAGACUUUAACUGUAAAAUAAAUUCCACAGACCCCCUCAGUACAGAUUUGGUUCAUUAACAUUAUUUCAAUGUGAUCAAUAAUAUUUUGCCUAUAUUUUAGAGCCAUAGAGGGUUUUUUUUUAACUGGACAAAACACAUUCAGUCCCAGCUAACAUUAUUAAUAUGCAGGGGUGGAAAAUACUUGAGUAAUUGUACUUCAUUACUAUACUUAAGUGUUAUUAAGUUAAGCCUUAUUUUUUAGUCCUUACAUUUUUAUUUAGACCUUCAAAGUACUUGUUACAAAUCUCAAAGGUUCUCUCAUCCAGCCAAUGACUUUACACUAACAUCAAAUUCACGUCGUGUCAUUAAUAUAGAUAAAAUUCAGUGUACGUAAUUAGUGCUAUAGCAACCUGUAUGUGUGUCUGAAGACGAAUAAUCCACUAGGAUGAGUGGCCCUGGCCCUACCUCAGUAAAAUGUUUUAAUAUGCUGGAGUAGGCAACCUAGAAAGCAUGAACUCCAUAUAAUUUGAAAAGGAAUGUUGAGGUAAAUUUCACAAAUUUGAUAAACAUUAACUGACUAUAUUUACCCAAAUGAACAUGUUUUCUUUGCUAAUGGCAGGUUUGACUAGCAUCGAGUCCAGUAGCUAACAUAACUGGCUAAGCAGCAAGUCUAAUUCUAAGUCUAAUAUGCAGCAUUAGUCAUGCAUAUGAGCAGCAAUCUUACAGAGAUUCAAUGAUGUUUUCAGGCAAAAUGGCAUAGUUGCUUUAAAAUGAAAAUCAAAGUAAAUCUAAAAGUUCGUUUUCACAUUACCUUUAAAACAUUGACUUAAUUUUAUUGGUUAAAAUCAUUUAUUUUUUACUUUUUAAUACUUUUCUACAUUGCUACAAAAAAGCAACUUGACAUGAGUACUUCUCGGUACAUUUUCCACCCCUGUUUAUAUAUUUAUUACAGGUUUAUAUUUAUAUAUUUUUUUAUAAAUAUAUAAUUCCGGAUCCACCGUGACACUGAUGAGGAUAAAGUGCUUACUGAAGAUUUGUGUGUUUGAGUUAUGUUUGGAUUAAAGCCAUUCAAAUCAAGGGACCAUUCAAAUCAGACUAUAAGACCAUAAUAAUAAACAUAACAACUUUGCUACUGGUGGGUUGUGAUUUCUAAAUACAUAUCUAAGUAACUGAAUAAAAAAUCAUGGACCCCCCACCCCCUGACUUGAGAACCACUGUUUUAAUCAAUCCAUCUUCAUCUUUAACAUUCCUGUAGAGCUGUGUAUGUCAUCUAGCAGAUUGCUCUUCUGAACUUGAUUUCACAUCUUCCUGUAACCUUUCUCCAUAAUUAUAUAACACACACACACACAGCAGUCUUACUUUUACACAUGUCCACACACUCGGCCGAACAAUAUCUAUCUCUGUCUUUCUCACACACACACACACACACACACAAACACACACAAACACACACACGUGUACUUGCUUCCAAUUUAAGCGAGUGCUUGCAGGGCGGUGUUGCUGGGUGCAGUGGCAUCACUAAGUGUGAUGGAUGUGCUGUCAGCAGGGUGGAGGAUGAAGGAUGGAGCUGAGCCAGCAGGGAACACAGGCAAGGCGCUGCGUGGCUUUAACCCCACUCUACUACACCACAUCCACACAUCAAACCACUCCACACGACAAAGUGUGUGUUUCUCUCAAUCACCAACGUCCCUCUCUGUGUGCCCAGCUCAUCAUCCAUUUAUGGUACCAUUUAUGAGUGUGUGUGUGUGUCUGUGUCUGUGUGUCUGUCUCUGCACCAUCACUUGGACCUGAGGAAAUGAAAACAAGCUGCAUGUCCUCCAGCUGUUCUUCUCAUCGGACUCUCUGGGUCUCAGGUGGCAUUUCAGCCGGUUUAUGAGCCUCUGUGCCCAGCGGCACCACAUUUUCACACUCUCCCACUCAUUCUAGCAUCAGGAGCUGUCGUGCAAACUCCAAAAUGGCUCGAGUGGUCUUUAAAAUCAUAUACGACACCAUCAUGUGAUGGAGCCAGUAGAGUUUUUAAAAAGACACUCAACAAUGCUAUUUUCAGAAAGGGAGAUGAUUACACCCAAACUCUAGAAUCCCAACACUAGUACUAGUUAGUAGUCCAAAGACUGUCUCUGUUGAAACCUUUUGACUAACCCUUUGACUACUCAAUGAUGGAUUCUGAGUCAGUUUGGUUAAAAGCACCUGCUAAAUGAAUGAAUCUUGUGCUGCGGCCUGGGAAAACCCUUCACACUGGCACAUGUUGACAUUUCUUCCUUUUGCGUUGUCCUUUUGCAUGUAUCUCAAUCUAAAGUAAAGUUCUAGCAUUUUUGACAUCUGAAAAAAAGGAGAAAAGUGUGUUUAAAGAUUUCAUUCCAAUUCCACUGAACAAUGUUCUGCCCACAUCUACCUAAUAUAUUUAUGGGAAAAAAAAGACUGCCAAAUUGUAAAGAAUUCUAUGUUUAUGAUGUGAAAUGAUUUCUUACUUUGAUUAGGAGCAUCGUCCACAUCAGUUUGUCUCAUCACCUGAAGCAGGAGUCUCUCACGGGGUUUAAACACGAGCCUCAUCAUCAUCUCCUCAUUCGACUGAUCUCUAUUCACGCUAACAUCAGUGAGGAAAUCAUCACUGAUUCAUUCACUCCAUUCUCUCUUGUUCUCUCCUAAAUUUCUUGUUAAUGAUUUUUUUAGCACAUUGACACAUUUAAAAAAUUUUUCCACUGUCAUCUGUAGUGUGUAAGUGCUCUUCUAUAUUUUGAUGAUGAUGAUGAUGUGAUGGUACAGGGCAUCGAAGACAUUUUGACAGCCACUAUCUGAUCACAAAAUUCUUUAGGCAGACUGCCUGACUUUACCUCUGUGUUUGUUAAACGGACCCCUUACACAACGUGAUCUUUGCAGAAAGACGCCAAGGCAGGGUUAGAAAGUAGCCUAAGUACAAAUAUUAGCAAUAUCCAAUGGGUUUUCCCAGACCACCACACAUUUGGCAGCGAAUUUAUUGCAGGGGAUAAUGGGUUUGAUUAAAAAAAACUUCCCAGAUCCAUUCAAGCUGAUGAAAAUUAAUACUGUAAUCCUAAGAAUAAUAAAAGGAAGCACUGUCUCUUAAAGGAAGAUGAAGGAAAUGUAUAUUCUAUGGAGCAGAUAUUGGGUUUGCUUUACUUUGGUGUUUCCACCUGUAUUCCACCGAGUCCCUUUAAAUGUGUCACACAGAGUCGUCUGUCUCUCUCUGUGUUUCUUUGAUUCAGUUUCUGUUCAUUUCAGACUUAGAAAUGUGUGCAGACUGUAGAGGAGGGAGAGUAGAUGUCAUUACAAUUCCCCCACUUUUCUCAGCUCUAGCUUUAUUUUUUCUCUCCAGAUCGGUGCAUUUGUUUUAAAGGCGAUCCAUUCUUGUAAAUAUAGCCAUUUAAAAAUGUAUAUUUUUACGGAUUCUGAGAUAUUACUACUUUGUUUGCAAAUAAAAUAUUCAACAAGUUA